AGAGCAGAGUCAUCAGCAAGAGAGCCCGGGAGCUGAGGCCCAGCGGAAACAUGCCAGCUAACGGGAGUUCUCCCCAGUGGUCCUCGGUCCUGGCUGCAGAGGGACGUGGCAGCUUGUGUGAGGUGAGGAGGGAAAGGACUCCAGGGGCAGGAAUUGGCUCAGUGAGGAGACAGCCUGACCUGUCACCAGGGCCUCAGGGCAGGGGCAGUGCUGACCAUGUCGCCUUGAACGGGACUGUGUUGUUACAGGUCUCCGUGUCAUUCGAGGAUGUGACUGUGGACUUCAGCAGGGAGGAGUGGCAGCACUUGGACCCUGCUCAGAGACGCCUUUACCGGGAUGUGACGCUGGAGAAUUACAGCCACUUGCACUCAGUGGGGUACCAGGUUCCCAAACCAGAGGUCAUCUUCAAGUUGGAGCAAGGAGAGGGGCCAUGGACAUUGGAGGGGGAAACCCCACAUCAGGGCUGUUCAGACGAGGCUAUUGGGAAAAUGCAGCAACAGAGAAUUUCUGGAAAAGUUUCAUUCCACUGUGAGAAAUUUGGUCAGCCCAUAGGAAAAGAUCCAUUGUGUUCCAUUUUAGAAGAAUUUUGGCAAAAUAAUAGCCAGCUAGAGAGAUACCAAGAAAGCCAAAAUAACCCUUUAAGUCAUGUGAAAGUACUGAUUAAGGAGAGGGCCUAUGAAUGUAAAAAUACUGAAAAAAUAAUUCACGUGAGUACCAAGCUUGUUCCUUCAAUUAAAAGACUCCAUAACUAUGACACAUUUGGAAAGAGUUUGAAGCAUACUUUAAACUUACACAAUCAUAAUAAAAGCAAUGCAACAAAGAAGCUUGAUAAGAUUUUUGGAAAUGAUAAUAAUUUUGCCCAUAGCUCUUCCUCUACUGAGAAUGCGAAUACAGGAGCAAAUUCCUGUGAAAUUAAUCGAUGUGAAAAACAUCUUGGCAACAAACAAGUUCUCAUCCACCAUGAGAACAUUCAGACUGGGGAGCAACUUUAUGUAUGUACUGAGUGUGUAAAGAGCUUCCCCCAGAAGUCACAUCUCUUUGAGCAUCAGAGAAUUCAUGCUGAGGAAAAGUCCCAUGAAUGCCAUAAAAGUGACAAAGCCCUCAUUCCGAAGCCACAAAUUAAUGUACCUCAAAGUGUUUAUGCAGGAGAUAAACCCUAUAUAUGUACUCAGUGUGGGAAGGCCUUUACUCUCAAGUCAAACCUCAUUACACAUCAGAAAAUUCAUACCGGGCAGAAACCCUAUAAAUGCACUGAAUGUGGAAAAGCCUUUUUCCACAGAUCGUAUCUCUUUAGACAUAUGAGAAUUCAUACAGGAGAAAAACCAUAUGAAUGCAGUGAAUGUGGAAGAGGCUUCUCCCAGAAUUCAGACCUUACUAUACAUCAGAAAACUCAUACUGGAGAGAAACACUAUGCAUGCAGCGAAUGUGGGAAAGCCUUCACAAGAAAAUCAGCACUCAGAAUGCAUCAGAGAAUCCACACAGGAGAGAAACCCUAUGUAUGCACUGAAUGCGGGAAGGCCUUCAUCCAGAAAUCACAUUUCAAUACACAUCAGAGAAUCCAUACUGGCGAAAAGCCUUAUGAAUGCAGUGAGUGUGGAAAAUCAUUCACUAAGAAGUCACAACUCCAUGUACAUCAAAGAAUUCACACCGGAGAAAAACCCUAUAUAUGUACAGAAUGUGGAAAGGUCUUUACUCAUAGGACAAACCUCACUACACAUCAGAAAACUCAUACUGGAGAGAAACCCUAUAUGUGUGCUGAAUGUGGCAAGGCUUUCAGUGACCAGUCAAAUCUCAUUAAACACCAGAAAACUCACACUGGAGAGAAGCCUUAUAAGUGCAAUGGCUGUGGAAAAGCCUUCAUAUGGAAGUCACGCCUCAAAAUACAUCAGAAAUCUCAUAUUGGAGAGAGACACUAUGAAUGCAAUGAAUGUGGGAAAGCCUUUAUCCAGAAAUCGACAUUAAGUGUGCAUCAGAGGAUCCACACAGGAGAGAAACCCUACGUUUGUCCUGAAUGUGGGAAGGCCUUCAUCCAGAAGUCACACUUCAUUGCACAUCAUAGAAUUCAUACUGGAGAGAAGCCUUAUGAAUGCAGUGACUGUGGGAAAUGCUUUACUAAGAAGUCGCAACUCCGUGUGCAUCAGAAGAUUCACACAGGAGAGAAACCCAAUAUAUGUGCUGAAUGUGGAAAGGCCUUCACUGACAGGUCAAAUCUUAUAACACACCAAAAAAUCCAUACUAGAGAGAAACCCUAUAAAUGCAGUGACUGUGGAAAAACCUUCACCUGGAAGUCCCGCCUCACUAUCCAUCAGAAAUCUCAUACUGGAGAAAGACACUAUGAAUGCAGUAAAUGCGGGAAAGCCUUCAUCCAGAAAGCAACAUUAAGUAUGCAUCAGAUUAUUCAUACCGGAAAGAAACCCUAUGCUUGUACAGAAUGUCAGAAGGCCUUCACGGACAGAUCGAAUCUCAUUAAACACCAGAAAACACAUAGUGGAGAAAAAGUAUAAAGCCAUUGACUGAAAAAGCCUUCAGCGGGAACUCACAACUGGGGAUGCAUCAGACGUCUCAUAGUGGGGAAGAGGAGUGCCGGAUGCUGCGAUUGGGGUACAGGGGGAGGUGGGCAUGACAGACCACAGCUUAAGUAAGCAGAAGGCAAACAGAGCCAAGUAUCCUUCAGUCAAUUGGAAAUACAAGUAUCUGCACCACCACAGCUGACAUGCAGUUAUAUGCAUAGGGAGACACUUUGAUAAGGCAUUUGAGCGAUAGUCCUGUUUGGUUGCAUGAUUCAGACAGAGACCCUCAAGCUCAUACAAAUGGUAGAAAGACAGACCCCAGGAGAUGGUAGAAAGACAGACCCCAGGAGAUGACUUGUAAUCUCUUACGUUUCACUUUUUGGAUGAAGGACUUUAUAAAUUCAGCACUGAUUAGUUCUUCAUACCCUGGGAUGUAAAAGUACUUAAUAUUGGCCACCUUUUUUUUUUUUUUUUCCCGAAUUCCUAGGGUGGGGAGAAGCGUUUUCAUUGUCCAAACACCUACAGAGCACCAAAGUCAAGGCAAAAACUUAUUUGGGAAGGCAGAUCUGUGAGUAGAAGCCAGAAGUUUUUGUGAUCGUGGACAUUUAAGGCACAGAAAAAAUUGCCACGGGGAACUGUUCUUUCUCUUCCCUUCACCAGAGUAUGUUUUUAAAAAACGAAAUAGAAUUUUUAAACCCAAAGUCUCACUUUAAGUUUAAAAUGACUUUAUGCAUUGGCAAAUUAGGCAUAGCUCUAGCCGAUGUUAACAGGAAUAUAGUUAUUAA